AUGACUUUUGAUUUUGGAUUCAAAGAUCCCCAAGUGAACCCAACUCUCUUAAGACCAUUUCACCAGUCCAGUCGAUCACGACUGCGAUGCCUUUGGCACUCAUCCAUCGAGCUUCGAAUUCAGGGCUGUAAACUUCUCGAUAGUGAGCAGUACCCAGCGCGUCGUCUGAUACCCGGACGGGAGAAAAACAACACUUCGCUUGAGUCAGCCGGAUGA